UUGGAAAUAGUGGUGCAAAACUGCACGCAACUUUCCUUUCUUCAGUUUUUCAUUUUUCCCGAUAACAAGCAGACAAAAUCCGACUAAAAGAGGCAUUCAGAAUCCAGCCCGAACUAUGACUGUUCAGAAUUCUCAGAUUUCUGGAUGAGGUAUGUCAUUUCCCCCGGAAAAUAUGCCUUCCUAUUUGUUAUCAACGACGCCGUGUGCAGGAUUUCUGACUCAAAACUGAGACAUUUCGGAGGAAUUCUUGUUUUUUUCCCGACGGCUGAAAGAAACAUGUUGCAUAUUCUCGUGCUUCUGUCGGCGGUCUUACUUUUGGGAGUGGCCGACUGUCGAGUGCUCGAGGGACUGCAGAGAUAUUCCUCCAUCCCUACCUACCUGCCCGUCAACUAUCAUCUCCUCAACGCUGACUUGGCGUUUUUCCUGAAGGAGGCCAACCAGGACUUCAUGAGGAACUCCAGCCUCAUGUCCCGGACCGAGGCCUUCUUCAUAUACCAGGCGAGGAGUCUGCCCUCGGUGAACGCCAGCUACGGGCCGCUCUCCGUGGAGCAGCCCGUCCCUCUGGAGCUCCUGCAGAGCCCGGGCACCUUCCCCUCCUCCUCUGUUUUCACCUUCAACUGGAAGGUGCAGACGUUUAUCAUGAACACCCGCAUCCACCUGGCCAAGCCCAAAGUCCAGGUCCUGUUUUACGUGGCGGGCAGAGACUGGGACGACUACAGCGCCAUCGACAAGCUGCCCUGCGUGCACAUGUUCGCCUUCCACGAGACCCAGGAGGUGCGUGGGGCCUGCCAGCUGCGGGGGGAGCUGGGUCUGUGCGUGGCCGAGCUGGACCCGCUGGCCGGCUGGUUCAGCCCGCCCAGCGUGGUGCCGGGCCGGCAGAGGAACCUGGACGUGGCCGAGGGCACGCCGGUAGAGCUCUACUACAUGCUGCAGUCGGCGGACGCCGGGGAGUGCCACUCGGAGGACUCCAGGAAGGACAACUUCAUCCGCUCCAGCCAGGAGGGGCUGUUCGGCUCGUACACGUCCACGCCGCUGAGGAGGAUCGGGGGGGUGAGGCUGUACCAGAACCCCACCGAGCCGCCGCUCGCCGAACACAGGCUGGAUAAUAACUUCUUGGUCAUGGUGCCGGCCACACCCGUGAGACAGAGGGAAACCAUCUCCGCGUACAUCUCUGUGUCGGCCUACUCCCCCGUGGAGAUGUUCACUCUGAGAGUGAAGUUGAAAGAAGGCCUGACGUUUCUCGGGGCUCGUCCCAGCAACCCGGCGCAGUGGAUGGUGAGCCAGGACGUGAGGAGCGAGGGCCACCGGGUGGUGACGCUGCACUGCCGCAGGAAGGAAUCCUCCUACGAUCAGCAAAGGUAUGAGAUGGGAGUUCAGAGGGUGCUCCAGGUGGAUCUGAAAAUGGAAAGCUUCCCAGAGCUGAUGGGCAGCCGCUGGAUGGCCUGGCAGGUGGAGUAUCCAGCCAGCCGCGCCGCCACACAAGAGGCCGAGACGGAGAUCCGUCUGGCGCAGGAGGACCUGGCGGGCAUCGUGCCGCUGGCAAUGGACUCAGAGAUUUUGAACACGGCGGUCCUCACGGGAAAGACGGUGGCUGUCCCGGUGAAGGUGGUGACCAUCGGAGUGGACGCGUCUGUCACCGAUAUCUCAGACGCAGUGAAGUGCCGCUCGACGGACGAAGACGUGGUGAAGGUGUCUGACAGGUGCGACUACGUUUUUGUGAAUGGCAAGGAGAUGAAGGGCAGGGUGAAGAUGAUGGUGAACUUCACCUACGGAUACCUGAGCGCUCAGCUGGAGCUCAGCGUGUGGAUCCCUCGACUCCCCCUCCAGAUCGAGGUUUCAGAUACGGAGCUGAGCCAGAUCAAAGGGUGGAGGGUGCCCAUCGUAGCCUCCAGCCAGAGGUCCACUCGAGACAGUGAGGAUGAUGAUGACGAGGACAGACGUGGACGGAGCUGCACUCUCCAGUACCAACACGCCAUGGUCAAAGUCCUGACGCACUUCGUAGCCGAGUCGACGGACCCCCGGGGCCAGGCGGGCUUCAUGCUGGGCACCGACUGGCAGGUGGACAUCACCGAGCUGGUGUGGGACUUCCUGAAGGUCGAGGACCCCCAGAUCGCACAGCUGCUGGACAGAAAGAUACUGAUGGGACUCGACGUGGGAAUGACCACCAUCCAGGUCCUUUCGCCUCUGUCAGAUUCCAUCCUGGCAGAGAAAACGAUCACGGUGGUGGACGACAAAGUCACCAUCACGGAGUUGGGCGUCCAGCUGGUGACGGGUCUCUCCAUGAAUCUGCAGCUGAGCGCGGGAAGCAACAGAGCCAUCCUCGCCACCACCACCACACAGGAAGUGCUGCAGAGUCCCAAACAGGAGGCCUUGAUCAGCGCCUGGCUGCAGUUCAGCGAUGGCUCCGUAGCGCCACUGGACCUCUUCAACCCGGACUUCUUUGUGCUGACGGCCAGCUCCCUGGAUGAGGAGGUGGUGACGGUGCAGCAGGACCCCACCUGGAAGUGGCCCGUCAUCGUGGCGGAGGCGGAGGGUCAAGGCCUGCUGGUCAGGGUGGAAAUGACUGUCUGCGAGGUCUGCCAGAAGUUCAAGCGCCGCAGCAUCCUGGCGACGGGGAACUGUAACGUCAGGGUGAAGUUUGGCCAGAGCGACGGCUCGAGGGGCGGCGGCGGCAGCGACUACGGCCCCGACGGCGACGACGUGGAGAACAGAGGCAGGCUGUCCUCGUCCUCGCAGGACAGGACCGGCCUGGAGACCCACUACUACGGCAGCUCCAUCUCCGACAUGGAGGACGGCGUGCUGAGGAGGGCCACCACCACCAGGAGCGCCAUCGUGCGAAGACCCAACGGGGAUAAACUGUCAGACGACGGCAGCCAAAACGCACCCGUCGACUUCGCCGACUUCCCCGCUCAGGUGGAUCUCCCCCGCGGACGCAAUAUGGACGACGAGCUCGUUCAGACGGCUCGCGGUCUCACGGACCUGGAGAUCGGCAUGUACGCCCUGCUGGGGGUCUUCUGCCUCGCCAUCCUGGUCUUUCUUAUUAACUGCAUUUCCUACACUCUUAAAUACCGCCACAAGGAGCUCUCCAUCGAGGGCCAGGAGAACAUGAACCACGCCCACGACUGGGUGUGGCUCGGGAACGAGGCGGAGCUGCUGGAGAGCCAGAUCAGCCUCUCGCCCCAGCAGGAGGAGCAGACCUCCAUGAUGGACUCGGGCAGCGGCCUGGAGGAGGGCAGCCACCUGCUGAACGGCGGCUCCGCCCAGAAGAACGUGCAGGGCCAGGUGCACCGGGCGGCGGACGCCAGCUGCAUCGCCAAGGACAGCAAAGGAGACUCCCCCACCACCAAGAGGAAGCGGGUCAAGUUCACCACGUUCACCACCAUCCCGUCGGACAGCGGCUACCCCACGGUGAACACCCUGACUGGGAGCCACAGCCAGGACAUUAAGUGGGUGUGCCAGGACGUGCAGCUGGGCGACUCCAAGGAGCUGCGCAACUACAUGGAGAGGCUAAACGACAGUGCUUUAAAAGAGGUGGCAUAAUGUACUUUAUGCACUUGUAACAAACUCACCCUUAUGCCUUCCAGAGGAAAGAGUGUCUCGACAGAACCCCGGCCCGCCGCAGGCCAAAGAGGAGGAUCACCCCAAACUGCCAAAGGGUCAUUAAAUUAAAGAGGAACUGCCCCGAUUUUACAAGAGACUGAUGAAGAGUCAGUAAUGAAAAAAAUAAGAGGAUGUCAUGUAGUCUGUUUUGGUUUUUUUUUUCAUUUGUUUAUCAGAUGAUUACCUUUUUAUCAUCAUGUUAUUAUCACAGGGUUUAGAAUCAAGUAAUGAUCCCGGGAUUGAUCUGCGUCAACGAUGACCUGUGACAUCCAGAUGACAAAUAGAUUUUAAAAACAAACAGUUUAAAAGACUAGAUAGAUGUUCUGAUUGUGUGUGUGUGCACAUUAAAUGGCUUUGGAAUUUUUGUACCACUUUGAAUAUUAAUUUCGUAUGUCAGAACCUUAUUGAGUGGAGAGUGGAGCUCUGGAAAGACUAAAGAAGUGAGCUAAGAGAAAUUUCUGCAUGUCAUAUAGAAAAAAAAAAAAAGAAAAGGCACAAAUUCUCUGGUUCGUUCUCAUCCUCCUUAACCAGGCAGAAGAUCUGUUAUGUAUAUACUGAACAGUCUCCAAAGCAUUGUAUUGUUGCUCUGUAUAUUGUAUUUUCAUAACAUUUAAGGAAUACACAACAAUGUCAAGAGUGUCUACCAGCUUUUAUUGACCACCGCGUCGUGAGGCCGUUCAUUUCGAUUAGCUGAUGGAGAUGGCGAGG